AUGUUGAUCCGUUUCCAGCAGUUGAAAACGUUGAAAUUUGCCAGUCGAGAGUUCGGUAAGAUGAGUUACGGCAACAAAAGAAUAAAACCGGAUCCAGAUUUAUUGGAGCCAAUAGAAAAAACAAACGAAGGACAUGACAUUUUUGAAGAGAUGUCAGUUGAACCAUGUGAUAAAGAUAUAGAAUUAGAGGCAGCCAAUUGCUCAUAA